UUGGUAUCAGUGGGAGGAAUAGUGCCCCAUCAUUAGUCAGUGGGAGGAAUAGUGCCCCAUCGUUGGUGUCAGUGGGGAGGAGGAAUAGUGCCCCAUCGUUGGUGUCAUGGGGGAGGAAUGGUGCCCCAUCAUUGGUGUCAGUGGGGGAGGAAUAGUGCCCCAUCACUGGUGUCAGUGGGGGAGGAAUAGUGCCCCAUCAUUGGUGUCAGUGGGGGAGGAAUAGUGCCCCAUCAU